AAAAUUAAUAAAAUUAAUGUUCACGUCAGUCUCUACCCCGCUUCUCUAGCAUUAUUCUUUUUAGCCGGGAUGAAAGAAAAUAGGACACAAACAGAGAGAGGAGGGAAUAUAGAAAAGAAAAUGGGUACGACUGAUAUAAUUUCACAAUAACGCAGGGAUGCAUGAAAAUAAUACUCGUUGCUGCAACAGAACAGAUAUAUAGGAACCUCCUAGCUUCCACGUUUUAUUUACGUUCUCGUUGCUAUGCCUCCUCUGUGUUUGAUAGAUUGCGCAAGAGUUUCCGGAGUUUACUGCAUACCAAAUGGUUGAUAAUAGUCAUUACAAGAUCAAAGUUUGUCAAAGAAUCCCCAUGACAACGUUCAUGGCAAUAUAUGUAUGUUGAGCCUGUAUCUACUGCUUUCAUCGUACAUAGGUAUGGUAAUAGUAAGGGAGAUUUUAAACAUUUCUGGGGGGGAUCGAUCACUAUGCAAUUUACCAGUCGAACUUCUAAGUGAAAUCUUUUUAAAGCUUCCAGUGAGGUCGCUGUUGGCUUGCCAGUGUGUGUGCAAAUCAUUUGACAGGCUGAUCAAAAGCCCUGCAUUUACAGCUAGCCAUGUCAAUCACAACUCUACUUCUAGUACCAACACCUAUUGUUCAGUCAAUAUUCUUGUCAUUGACGAGGAUUUUAAAGACAGAUGCGAGCAAAUCCUGAUAAAUAACGAAGGCGGUUCUGUAAUUUCUACUUCUCAUGUGAGACAGAGUAAUCCUCUCGCAACCAAUAUCUCCGUUAUAGGCAGCUGCAAUGGUUUGUUUUGUGCUUAUCUUAAUAUAUUUGGUGAACCAUGGGCAUCUCGCAUAAUGCUUUGGAAUCCUGUCACAAGAGAUAAUAGAUUUCUUCCGAAACCCAAGAUUGAUGCUCCGCACAGGCAAUUUUUCCCUGUUAAUGCAUUUGGUUUUGUCCCUGAAAGUAACGAGUUCAAGGUAGUGAGGAUUGUUUCCUAUUAUACUUCAGGCAAUAUAGAAUUACCCUCGCCUGGUGAUGUUUUUGUAAUGCAAGCUGAAGUGUACAAAAUGAGUACAGAUUCUUGGACUGUCUUGAACGCAAGUGCUAUACCUUGUUAUGGGCCUCAACAUAUGUUCUUGGAAAUUGAAUCUUUUUUACCGCUCAAGUUUAAUCGGCCUACUAGGACAUUGUUCUUAGAGGGAGCAUUUCACUGGCUUGCUGUAAAUCCAAAAAAUGUUUAUGAUCUUUGUGCAGCAGUAGUGGCAUUUGAUCUUGAGCAUGAGGAGUUUAAAAUAAUCAGCUUACUGGAGUCUCAUAGAAUUUUGCACUCAAAGAAGGGCCAGCUUGAGAUUAUAAACGAUCUUCUUGGUCUAAUUGUUCCUCACAGGCCCGGUUUUUCCCCAGACUUUGACGUAUGGGUGAUGAAUGAUUACGGGAGUAAAGAGUCUUGGACUAGGAUGUAUUGUGUUAAACAAUCUACUGGAUUUGCACGUCCAUGUGGAUAUUGGAAAGAUGAUCUUCUGCUAAUGGUUGAGAACGGCAGGCGUAAUAGGUUGUUUUUUUAUGACCUCCGUACCAAAGAAAGGCAGAACAUCUUAAAUUCUGGGUAUUUCUACUACGAAUAUUUCUGUAGUUAUGUUGAAACACUUGUCCCGGUCAGCAGAAGGAAUGCAGUCGUUGAAAAUGCUGAUGAUUAAGGUGAUGGUCAACGCUGGGUUUGAGAAAGGUUAUAUUGUUUAUAUCGUUGUUAUGUAAUACUAACUGAGUACUCGUGCAGUCAUGCUACCUGAAUACUACUGGAAGUGGAACUAAAUGGGGGAGCUUUGCGUUGUGCAUGAAGCUAGACAUAACCUGAAGUUUGCCAUGCAUUUGAAUCUGUUCUUGUUUUGUGCUUUUUAAGCGUGGACUGCUGUGUUUUCCGGAAGUUUGCUGUCUCAUUAUUGUAUUCAGUGAUUUAGUCUUCUAAAAUUGUUGUUGAGAGUACUUUGUGAUCUUUUAUCUUCUUUGUUGCACUAAUAAAACGAUAGGCAAUGGAGUUUGUUUUGCCUCAAAUUUCAUCUAGUUAACAUGAUUGAAAACGGACCCCUGAUCGAUGACCAGCACACAUUGUAUUUGUAGGUCAUAUUUUGUGCUUUGCUCUUUUUUAAACCAGGUGAAACAAAGGUCAUAUUUAAGCCUUACACACGGUUUAGAGUCAUUUACUCGGUGAAUGAAUUCGGAGGAAGUACGGUACAUGAAUGAAAUUUGAACUAUGUUUGAACAAGUUCAA